AAGUACCGCCCUCCUGCUUCCGGGGAAUUCACAACAUCCAAGAUGUCUGCCGCCAUAGCUUCCCUCGCUUCGUACGGUAGCGAUUCUGAUCCAGAAAAUGACUCGGAAUCUAACACCAGUGUCGAUAAAAUGGACUCAGAUGAUCCGGACGCUUUGGCACACCUCAAACCUCUACAGUCCGGACAUACGAUGACUUUGGCUGUUCUCAAUUCCGCUCCUGAAGUUGCCGUCAAGGAGUCUGUGGAGACUGGCACACACCUGGACCCUUUAUUGAAAGAAGUCGCUUUCAAUCCGACAUAUGAAACCAUGUUUGCACCAGAAUUUGGGCCUGUGAACCCGUUCAAAAGCCAGCAGAUGGCUGCCCCAAGAAACAUGUUAUCUGGCUAUGCGGAACCUGCUCACCUCAAUGACUUCAUGUUUGAACAGCAAAGGAGGACCUUCUCCACUUUUGGUUACGCUUUAGAUCCAUCUCUUGACACACACCAGUUAACAACUAGUAGCUACAUUGGUGCCGUGGACGAGGCCGAGAAGAAUAAAGGGUUAACUGUGUUUGAGAGCGGGGCAAAGAAGUCAGAGAAAAGGAAAAAGGUCAAAGGUGGAGACGCAGGAGAGAUAGACCAAUUCCUGGGACCAUGGGCAAAAUAUGCAGAUGAGAAGGAUGUGGCCAAACCCUCUGAGGAUGAGCAGAAGGAGCUGGAUGAAAUCACAGCCAAGAGGCAGAAGAAAGGAAGGAACGAGGAGGAUGCUCCAGCUGAGGAGAAGACCAUUCUGCAUGUUAAAGACAUGUACGACUACCAGGGCAGGUCUUACCUUCACGUCCCACAGGAUGUCGGCAUCAACCUGCGAUCUGCCGAAGCUCCAGACAAGUGUUACCUGCCCAAAAAACAGAUCCAUGUCUGGUCUGGACACACAAAGGGUGUCAGCGCUAUCCGACUAUUCCCCAAAUCUGGUCAUCUGCUGCUCUCCAGCUCCAUGGACUGCAAAAUCAAGCUGUGGGAGGUGUACAGUGAGAGGAGAUGCAUACGGACAUUCAUUGGCCACAGCAAAGCAGUGCGAGACAUCUGCUACAACAACACCGGGACUCAGUUCCUCAGCGCUGCCUACGACCGCUACCUCAAACUGUGGGACUCUGAGACAGGCCAGUGUAUCUCCCGCUUCACCAACAGGAAGGUGCCGUACUGCGUCAAGUUCAACCCCGACGAGGACAAACAGAACUUGUUUGUGGCCGGCAUGUCGGAUAAGAAGAUUGUUCAGUGGGACAUCAGGACAAGUGAGGUGGUUCAGGAGUACGACCGUCACUUGGGAGCCGUCAACACCAUCACAUUUGUGGAUGAGAAUCGUCGCUUUGUCAGCACGUCAGACGACAAGAGUCUUCGAGUGUGGGAGUGGGACAUCCCCGUGGACUUCAAGUACAUCGCUGAGCCCAGUAUGCACUCCAUGCCAGCUGUGACACUCUCCCCCAACGGUAAAUGGCUAGCAUGCCAGUCCAUGGACAACCAGAUUCUGAUCUUUGGAGCCCAAAACCGCUUCAGACUGAACAAGAAGAAAGUCUUCAAAGGCCACAUGGUAGCUGGCUAUGCCUGCCAAGUGGACUUCUCCCCAGACAUGAGCUAUGUGGUGUCAGGAGAUGCAGAUGGGAAGCUGAACAUAUGGGAUUGGAAGACCACCAAGCUCUACCACAGGAUCAAGGCUCACGAUAAGGUGUGCAUAAGUGCUCUGUGGCACCCACACGAAACCUCCAAGGUCAUCACCUGCGGAUGGGACGGACAAAUCAAACUCUGGGACUAGAUAUUUAUCCUGGUGUUUUUGUGUCUUCUUACUGAAAUGGUCCACUUGAGUCACAGAAGGGACUGGUUGUCUCGCUGAUUUGUGAAAAACCUUGAGUCAAAGCCACAGGACUGGUAUCCAGUCUUAAUGUAGCUGUGUAUUUUUGUAUCCUACAGCAAGAUUUCAGAAUAAGUCCAAGUAUUAUAAAUACAAAGAUGAACCAAACAUACUUUUAGUAACUGUUUCUAUUACAAAAGGCAUAUGAGAGGGAUUCCUUGGAGUCAUUUUACAUAAAUGUGUUUUUUUUUUCUCUGUUUUUUCAACUUCCUGUGUAGUAUGCCCCGCUAAAAAUUCUUAACUUUUAAUUGUUUGACUAAGACCUUUUGUGGAAAUAAACUUUCUGUUAAUUUUA